CAUCUUCGGACUGCUGGUCCUGGAGUCGGCGCCCCCACACCCGCAUGGCAGCAGCAGCCACGCGGCAGCGCAGCAGCAGCAGCGCAGUGUGUUCGGGUUGUUCUCGGUGCCUGCUGCCGCCUACCCCUGGGUGCUACUGGCGGCCAUGCAGCUGCUGGUGCCGCAAGCCUCAUUCGCAGGGCACCUCGCGGGACUGCUGGCCGGUCAGCUGUGGGUGUGGGGCUACCUGCAGCCUCUCGGCCUGUCGCGACCCACCACCGCUUGGAUCGAAGAAAGCCGACCCAUGGGUCACUUCAUCCGCCAACCCAGCUUCAUCAUGAUGCCGGGACCCGUACUGCCGUACAGUACGGCAGACCUCCCACGCAAUGCAGGCGGCGGCAAUAGCUCCUCCUCAGCUACAGCUACAGCGAGCGGCAGUAGCAAUGGCGGCAGUACGGCAUCAGGAGGAGGGGCC